CUUCCUCUUCUCCCUUCCUUCUCUCUCUCUUCACCACACUCUUCUCCUCUCUCUUUACCCUUUUCCACCCACCCACCCACCACACACAACUACUAUCACAAUGGGAUUUGCCGCCGGUGACGCUGUUAACGGAGCCAAGCUCUUCAAGACCCGCUGCGCCCAGUGCCACACUGUCGAGGCUGGUGGUGCCAACAAGGUCGGCCCCAAUCUGCACGGUAUUUUCGGCCGCAAGUCCGGCCAGGCCGCCGGUUUCUCGUACACCGAUGCUAACAAGAACAAGGGUGUUACCUGGUCUGAGGAGACCAUGUUCGAGUACUUGGAGAACCCCAAGAAAUACAUUCCUGGCACCAAGAUGGCCUUCAACGGCUUCAAGAAGGAGAAGGAGCGUAACGAUGUUAUCACCUACCUCAAGGAGAACUGCUAAAUCAUUCGCAAGCGACUGAACCUAAUAUGUUCUUCACAUCCUUCCACACUCAUCGUUCACACACGAACACAACACACAUGCUGCCUGACCAUUGUUCACUAGAUGUCAAUUGGUGCAGUCCGUUAAUAUUUGCCUGAUCAUUAGACCGAAUAAAAGAAUCAUUCAAAAAGUCGAA